AAUUCGCUUUGCAGGUGAUCAAGCAUGGGAACAAUGUUUAGAGCAGCAGUUAUCAUUCUGUUUCUUUCAUCCAUCCUUCUUCAGCUGGUGUUUUCUGAAUCCAACAAUGGAUUCGUUAGAAUUGGACUAAAAAAGUUUAAGUUAGAUGAAAACAACAGGAUCGCUGCUCGACUUACCCCGCAAAUACUGGGUUCUAAAAAUGAUGGCGGCAUUGUAAAGCUAACAAAUUUCAUGGAAAAGCAGUACUAUGGUGAGAUUUCAAUCGGUACACCACCACAAAAAUUCACUGUGAUGUUUGAUACAGGAAGCUCUAAAAUGUGGAUACCUUCCUCAAGAAGGUGCUACUUAUCUCGUUGGUGUUUCUAUGCCCGUCGUUCAAGAACAUAUAUAAGGAACAAAUACGAUGCCCGUCGUUCAAGAACGUAUAAAAAGAACGGAACAUCUGCUGAGAUACACUAUGAUUCAGGUUCAAUAGCUGGCAGGUUUAGCCAAGACAAUGUUUUAGUUGGUGGUUUAACAAUCAAGAAUCAGGACUUCAUUGAAGCAACAAAACUGUCCGGUUCUGUGUUUGACUUUACUAAGUUUGAUGGCAUUCUUGGCCUUGGAUUUCGGGAGCUAUUUGAUUGUGGUGUUGUUCCAGUAUGGUACAACAUGAUGAACCAAGGUCUGAUUCAAAAUCCGGUGUUCUCAUUUUGGCUUAAUCGAAACACAAAAGAAGAGGAAGGAGGUGAACUUGUGUUUGGUGGGAUUGAUCCAAAGCAUCACAAGGGGGACCAUACUUAUGUCCCUGUCACCCACAAGGGUUAUUGGCAGUUUGAUAUGAAUGAUGUUUCAAUCAAUGGUCAAUCAAUAGGUGUUUGCAAAUCUGGUUGUUCUGCAAUUGCGGAUUCGGGAACUUCUUUGUUAUCCGGUCCAAUGACUGCCAUUACCAUGAUAAACCAUGAAAUUGGUGUCACUGGAGGAGAAGUAAAUCAUAAAUGCAAGUCAAUCGUUGAAGAGUAUGGACAAACCAUUCUGAAAAUGCUCCCAAGAGAGGUUGCUAAGAAAAUUUGUUCCCUAAUUGGAUUAUGCCCAAUUAAUGGAACUAAGCGUAUGAAGAAAAGUAAUAAUAGAAGAACAUCGAUCAGUAUGUGCAAUACUUGUGAAAUGAUAGUUGUGUGGAUGGAGAGUCAGUUAGUGAGGAAUCAAACAAAAAAUGAUAUUUUUAAUUAUGUAAAUAAGCUCUGUGGUUCACUUCCAAUACCAUAUCAAGCGUCAGAUGUGGAUUGUUCGCAAAUUUCUUCAAUGCCUAUAGUUUCGUUUUUAAUUGGUGCUAGAAAUUUUACUCUCUCGUCUAAGGAGUAUAUAUGGAAGAUUGGAGAAGGUGCUGAUCAAGAAUGCAUAAGUGGCUUUCUUUCCAUAGAUGUUGUUUCUCCUCCUUACAAACCGUUCUGGAUUUUUGGAGACAUAUUCAUGGCACGUUAUCACACCGUAUUUGACUUUGGAAAAUCCAUAAUUGGAUUUACGGAUGCUGCAUAA